UGUGAACGUUUAGCCAGAGACGAUACCGAAGGCAUCGGCGUCAUCGUAGUCGUCCGAGAAACCAACGGCGAUGGACAUCGUCGGGAAUUGGAAGUCGAAGAAGGCGUAGAAGUAGAAGAAGAGGAAGAGGACAUGUAGCGAGAGAAUUUGCAAGCUGUUGGUUCCUCGUCUUCGAUUGUCUUCAACGGCGCGACGCGAAUGACUUUGCUUGAGAUCAAAAACUUGGUCCAGAAAAGGCAUUUCUGUUGUAAUGGCGGAACCCUCACUCUCAAGCAUCGCUCCCUAAUCGAGCGCGGUAGACAACGUGACAACGCGCCGGCCAAGGUCAGAAAGACUGCCGAGAAGUUGCUUCUUGAUCCGGUCCACUGUUACUUUUGAAGAUUUUAUCUGGGAAGUUGUGCCCUUUCUGAGCAUUUGUAGUAAUCCACUAUAUUAAAUUUUGGAUGUGGGUGACUUCGCGUUUUGCAAUUAAAACUCCAUUACAUUAUACCAUUGUAACCAACACAUGAAAAAUUGCCAUUUUGCUCUUUGUCGGGCUGGUCGAGAACUGGGGAAACGCCAUUGGACUUAAUUCGGGUUCGAAUUUUAUUGUUUUUUUCAAAGAAAAGGAUGAAAUUUUGCAUGAAUAUCGGUUCUGGAAGCCGAGAUGAUGAAACAGAGGAUCAUCCUCCUAGUUAGUUUCGAAUGAAAUACGAUUUAGUGGUGUAUCUGAUAUGACAUAUUGGCUAUCGGCUUGAGUUAAUGUAAUUGUGCUUCUGAUUCUUGUGAACAGCUUGAGGCAAUGAAACUGAAAGAAGCGGCAAGGAAGUCGAGAACCAGAAGAAAACGCAGAAGAAUAAUCUAUGGGUGAAAAGAUUUUUUCAGAAGAAGCUGACAUGGUGGGGAAUGAAUUACAAAGGGAUGACGUGGUUUCCAAGAGUUGCAACAAAGAUAACAAUUCUGCUACUUCUACUCCUACUCCUUCUGAGGAGGAUGGCAGGGAAGAGGAAGAGAUGAUACUGAUUUUAAUGAUGCUGCAUAGAUAUAAUCAAUAACUGAGAGAGAUCGAUCAGGAAGAGUCAGAGAGAUGGCAGGGAGCAGCUAUUUUUACAAGGAUGUUCUGCCUUUUUUUAGCCAUGGUUGCUUGUGAGAGCAUCAACGUUGUCUUAAAUGUUCUGUUUAAAGCAGCCACUUUGAAAGGUUUGAGUUAUCACGUCUUCAUGGCUUACUCCUACGCCGUAUCUACCCUUGUUCUCCUUCCCUUGGCCGUCUUCUCUGGCCGAAAUGCUGGGCUUCCUGCGUUGGAGUUGUCUCUCCUCUAUAGAAUUUUCCUCCUCGGAUUGUUUGGGGCAGGUAUGGAGCUCAGAUAUGUGGAUAUAAAGGCAUAGAAUACAGUUCGCCGACUCUUGCUUCAGCUAUCAGCAACCUCACACCAGCUUUUACUUUCAUACUUGCUGUGAUUUUUAGGUUCCUUUAUUCGUUCUUACUAAUCCUUGGAGUUCUAUUUUCCUUGUAGUUUAUAUAAUAUUUGUCUUAAGUGUGGGCAUGGAGUUAGUGGAGAGUAGUCACCGGCCAUUUCAACGAUCAUAAUGCGAAAGUCAUUAGGAGGGCAUAUUGUGUGAUUGGUUGAUUAUAAAGGUGCAUCUCAUAGAAUGAUUUUUAAUUAGGCAUUAUGAUGGCUCUGCAUGAUUUGUUUUGGGGGCGAUGUGGGGCUCUAAGAAUUACGAAAUGGACUUUGUAAUGAAAUUUAAUGUAACCAAUCAUACUUCCCAUUCUCCUACUUUGUGUAUUGCUGAGUCAUUUAAUUUCUUUUAUCAUCUGAACUUUCUAUUUCCUCUCCUCUUAACCUUAUGGUGCUUAAAAAGGAUGGAACAGUUAGCUUUGAGAAGGUCAAGUACUCUGGCAAAAGUCGUGGGCACUGUAGUAUCAAUAUCAGGUGCACUGGUAGUGGUUCUCUAUGAGGGCCCUACCCUCAUAUCGAUCUCAUCUCAGCUACCAUCCCUUUCACUUCCUUUUAUCCUGGGCUCCUCACAAACGAAUUGGGUCGUAGGUGGCCUUUUACUUGCUGUUGAGUGCCUUAUGUUCUCAAUCUGGUACAUUGUUCAGACUCAAGUUAUGAAAAUGUAUCCAUCGGAGAUAAUUGUGUCCUUCUUAUACAACUUGUGUGGGACAAUUAUAUCUGCACCAACAUCUUUAAUGGCAGAAACAAACAUGAAUGCUUGGAGACUAAAACCUGAUAUAGCACUGGUUGCCAUUGUAUACUCGGGGAUUUCUUCGUCCUUCAUGGCUGUUGAUCACUCAUGGGGACUUCGCCUGAAGGGGCCGGUGUAUAUAUCAAUCUUCAAGCCUUUGUCAAUUGCCAUUGCAGCUGCAAUGGGUGUAAUAUUCCUUGGAGAUGCUCUCUAUCUCCGGGAGUGUUAUUGGAGCAAUAAUAAUAUCAAUUGGGUUUUAUGCUGUCAUAUGGGGAAAAGCAAAAGAAGAAGAAAUGAGUGAGGAUUUUGGCUUUGGUAGCUUGGUACCCUCUUGGAAUGGAAACUGGAAAGACCCCUUUGUUGCAAAGAUACAAGGUUGAAGGCCUCUAGUCUAAUACCUCAGGGUGUUUCAUGUUCAGAGCAAACCAAGGCCAACGCCCUAAAGGCCUCAUUAUUGUUAGAUGGCUUGGGCCCUAUGGUCAAGUCUUGCUUCCAAUUGAUCAGUCUUUCGUUUAUUUUUUAAUCCAUAGUUAGUGGCCAACCAAGACAAAAGAUGGCCUGAAUUUCUGUGUCAUUAUCUCUUGCGGUACAAUGGUUUAUGAUCGGCCUAAAGUAAAUAGAGAAAUUUUGUUCUUCUGUCA